AAGGUGGUUCUUUAAUCAUCGAAAUUUUAGAAAUUUCUGGAGAGAAUUCACACUGUUUAAUCUAUAAGAUCUAUUUUUUAUGUGUCUUCUAACCCAUUUUAUAUUUCUAAGUGUUCAAGAUGAAUUUUAUUGCCGCUAUCUCUUAAAUUUGGAGCGCUACGCAUUUCUCAAUCUGGCUUGCAAUCAUGUCUUCAAGUGAUAAGGAAUCUGAGAUUUUAAAAAUUAUCGAAACUUUAACUACGACUGGUAAACGUACUCUUGAUGAAGCAUUAAUGAAGAAGUUGAAAAACAUUUGCAAAUCAUCAGAUAGUCAUGUGAAUUAUGCAUACUAUGCUGUGAUGACGCAAUUGAGGAAGGAGCAUUCAGAAAUCCGUUUCAGUGCUUUGCAGAUCAUAAAUGAAUUGUUUUGCAGAUCGUCUGUCUUCAGGAAGCUGUUGGAAGUCAGCCUUGAAGAAUUUUUUGAAUUAGUUGUUGAGACAAAUCCAGAUAGUCCUCUUCCCUUGCCUUUGCCAGCUGCUAAAGAACUAAAAAGGAAAGCUUUGGAAUUUAUACAGAAUUGGUGUACAAAGUUUGGCGACAAAUAUACUCGUCUGCAGCUAGGUUUUAACUAUCUGAAGAAAUGCAAAAAGGUUGACUUUAAUGAUCUAGAAGCAAGAAAUGCUACUGAGAGGGAACGUCAAAGGCAAGAAGACGAACGAAUGGCAAGGGUGGUACAGGAAAAAAUUCUUAAAGUGCAAACUGAAAUGCAAGAGCUUACCAAUGACAUGGUAAGCGUUACUACACAAAUGGAGAAUUGCUUUCGUCUUUUGAUACCUCAUCCUGACGAUUUUUUCUCAAAUCUGGAUUUUGUCCCGACUUCUGGCGAAAAAGCUUCUUCCCAAGAAGAUGAAGAGCCUUCAACAAAAGAUGGAUCCGAGACCGAUGUGAAUGAAUAUGAGCCAGCCGAAAGUGAUCUGCGACCACAUGGCUUGUAUAACAUGAAGAAAUCCAUUACUGUAGAGAUGAAAAAUAGUUCUGAAGUUGCUGUGAGUGCAAGUGAAGACAAUUUGCCAGUGAUUGAAAAUUUACAUGAUUUGUAUAGACAGGUCACUGCAACUUAUUUGCCUACAAUUGCAAAGUGGUUGAAGAUUCUAGCUAAAGGAAGCAAUUGCUCUGAUACAUUGAAAAAAGCCAUCGAUUUAAAGCAAUUAUUAGAGUCAAGUCUUGUAAAAUAUAAAGAACUUAAAAUAAAGCCUUGCUUUCCCAAAACUGACGAUGAUGACGACGACGAUGAUGAUGAUGACUUUGAAGAAGUGAAAGAAAAAGAAGGAUACGAAGAUAAAGUCAAAGUUGCACCUGUCAUAUCACAUAAUUCUUUUAUGGAACCAGGUUGCUCUAAAAAUAUUUCGGAGUCUGAUCCCACAUUUUAUUGGAAACUGAAGCAUGUUGAAGAUGAUGCAAAAGACCCUACAGCAGCAUCUUCGACCCUAAAGAAAAGGAAUUACAAUCUGAAAAGGAAUGCUACCGAUUUAAAUGACAAAUCUAAGAGUUCUAAAGAUGAACCUAAAGAAGCAAAACCUGAUGUAUUGGAGAAAGCACCUAUUUUGCCAUAUGAUAUUGAUUUAUAUCACUGGGAGGAUGAAAAUCCUGAAAUUCCAGAAAAAAUAAGGUUUGACUCCUUGCACAAGUUUUGGGAAUCUAAAGAUGAUGAAAAUGAGGAGGCGUCAGAAGCCCUUAAAGAGGCUCAAUUGGCUAGCUUAAGAACUCGAAAAAUUGACUUUAGUGGAAAGUUUGAGCCUGUGAAAUGGUCUUGCCGAGCACCACUACCCAGUGGAAAACUGUGUCCCCGUAAAGAUAGAUACAAGUGCCCUUUUCAUGGUAAGAUCAUUAAGAGAGAUAAUGUUGGCAAUCCCAUAGAAGAGGAAGCAAAGCCUCAAACUACUGUCCCUGAUUGGCAGGAUCCUGCGCUCCUUAACGAUAUUGAAGCAGCUACCGGCAUAAACUUAAAAAUUCCCGAAAAGAGAGGAAAAGGGAAAAAGCAACAGAGAAAUAAGAAGGGCUGUGGCUUGACUAAAAUCAAAAACAUUCCCAUUUCUGCAAGGCAAAGAAUAGAGAAGAAAAUUCUGAAAAGGUAUCAACACUAUGCGCCUAAACUGGAUGAAAUGGAGCGAAAAAGAUUUAAUGAUAAGUUUGGUGAUCAGUGGAAUUAUUAUUAA